AUGAUCUGGAUCACCUACUUCGUUCAAGGUCUGGUGUCUGGCGUCAGUGGCUCUCUCCUUCCAUACAUCACGUCGGACUUUGCUUUACACUCCCUUACGCCUACUACAAGCAUACUGAGCGCUGUUAUUGGCGGAGUGACCAAUCUAAGCAUUGCGAAGGUUCUGGAUAUCUUUGAUCGUCCUCAGGGAUAUAUUCUCUGCGCUUUGCUGUGUACUGUCGGUCUUGCUAUGUCAGCCAGUUGUAACAAUGUCGAGGCGUACGCAGCAUCUCAAGUCUUCUACACAGUCGGAAUAAAUGGUAUAGGAUACAAUCUGAGUGUCUUCGUCGCAGAUACAUCCUCACUACGGUAUCGAGCCUUUUUGAAUGGACCUGGCUGGCGCUGGGCCUAUAGAACGUUCGCCGUUCUUGUUCCACUUGUGACUUUUCCGCUUUCUGGCCUUUUUAUGUGGCAGUUUUUCAAAGCUAAGAAGCUAGAUCUUAUACCAAAGAAUGAUAGUGGACGCACUACCUGGCAGUCUACCAUUUACUACUGCCGGGAGUUCGAUGCUGUUGGUCUCAUUCUAAUAUCUGCUGGCGUCGCGUUCUUUCUAUUACCAUUCAACCUUUACACUAUUGAGGCCAAGGGGUGGGGAUCUUCCCUUAUCAUCUGCUUCCUAGUCUUUGGAGUCGUAUUGAUCAUCGCUUUCGCCAUAUGGGAGAAGUUGUUCGCCACCAUAUCAUUCAUUCCAUGGUCUCUCCUCAAGGACCGUACAGUCUUUGGUGCUUGCCUCCUCUCCUUUACACUAUUCGUCAGUUACUCCUGCUGGGCCAGCUAUUUUACCUCUUUUCUACAAGUUGUGAACAGCCUUAGUAUUACCGAGGCCAGUUAUGUCAUGCAGACGUACACUGUCGGCGGUGUCCUGCUCGCACUCGUCACUGGCGGUGUCAUCAGCUUUACUGCACGAUACAAACCCAUUGCACUUUAUUUUGGUGUUCCACUGACGAUCCUGGGCAUGUCGCUCCUGAUUUACUUUCGUCAACCUGAUCAAAAAAUUGGGUACAUCAUUAUGUGCAUGAUCUUUAUUUCGUUUGCAGAAGGGGUCUUGGUCAUCUGUGCCGAGAUCGCCAUCAUGGCCGCCGCCGCAGAGCAACAAUACUUCGCCGUCAGUCUGGCGGUGCUAGGCUUGUUUGGAAACAUUCGUUCUGCUGUUGGUCUAACCAUUUCGGCUGUUAUUUGGCAGGGUAUAUUGCUCAAGAAGCUUUCUGAAAAUUUUCCAGAUAUAGAUCAAGCAGAUCUACUCCUAAUAUAUGAGUCCUUACCGACGCAAUUGUCAUUCCCGCCAGGAACGACUGAGCGCCUUGCGAUUCAACACGCCUAUAGUGACGCGCAGAGAGGAUUGUUGAUUGCUGGUACCGUUGUCUGGGUUAGCGGGUUAGCGGCGGUCUUAUUGUGGCGGGACAUCAGGGUUAUUGGUAUUCGCCAGACGAAGGGCCAGGUUGCUUAA